UUUGACUGUCAUUUGACGCCAAACGAGCGUCGCAAGAAGAACGCACAACGCACAAUCGUUGGCUCCAGUCCAGUCCAGUCCCGUCCAGUUGUUCCCAUACCAUCGUCGCCAGAGCAUCGUGUUGGAGCAUUAAGAAAUGGUGCAUCAACACGGAAUGUUGCCGCUGCCGCUGCUGCUGCUGCUGGGCGUGCUAUGUGGCUGGCCUUGUGUGAUCCUGGCCAGCGAUCAGCCGGCUCGCAUUGUCUGCUACUUCAGCAACUGGGCAGUGUACCGUCCGGGCAUCGGACGCUACGGCCUGGAGGAUGUGCCCGCCGAUCUCUGUACGCAUCUCAUCUACUCCUUCAUAGGCGUGGAGGAGAAGAGCUGGGAUGUGCUGGUGAUCGAUCCCGACUUGGAUGUGGACCAGGAGGGUUUCAGCAAGUUCACGCAGCUGAAGAAGACCCAUCCCAAGCUGAAGCUGCAGAUAGCCGUCGGCGGCUGGGCCGAGGGUGGCUCGAAAUACUCGCAAAUGGUGGCUGUCCGGGAGCGUCGCCAGAGCUUCAUCCGCAGCGUGAUCCAGUUCAUGAGGCAGUACAACUUUGAUGGCUUCGACUUGGACUGGGAGUACCCGGGGGCCACCGAUCGGGGCGGCACCUUCGGGGACAAGGACAAGUUCCUGUACUUUGUCCAGGAGCUGCGACGCGCCUUCGAUCGGGAGGGACGCGGCUGGGAGAUCACCAUGGCAGUGCCGGUGGCCAAGUUCAGGCUGCAGGAGGGCUACCACGUUCCGGAGCUCUGCGAAUUGUUGGAUGCCAUUCAUGCCAUGACCUAUGACCUGCGCGGAAACUGGGCCGGUUUCGCCGAUACACACAGUCCGCUCUACAAGCGCAAGCAUGACCAGUACGCCUACGAGCGCCUCAAUGUGAAUGACGGCCUCGCGCUGUGGGAGGAGAUGGGCUGCCCGGCGAACAAGCUGGUGGUCGGCAUUCCGUUCUACGGACGCACCUUCACGCUGAGCAACUCCAACAAGAACUACAACAUGGGGACGUACAUCAACAAGGAGGCGGGUGGCGGGGCGCCAGGUCCCUACACAAAUGCCAGUGGCUUCCUGGCGUACUACGAGAUAUGCACGGAGGUGAUGGACAAGUCGAAGGGCUGGACCGUGGAGUGGGAUGAGGCCGGCAUGGUGCCCUUCACCUACAAGGACACCCAGUGGGUGGGCUACGAGAACGAGGCCUCGGUGCAGAUCAAAAUGGACUUUAUCAAGCAGCGGGGCUAUGCGGGCGCCAUGACCUGGGCCAUCGACAUGGACGACUUCCACGGACUCUGCGGCCGCAAGAACGGGCUCAUGCAAAUACUCUACGACAACAUGAGGGGCUAUCGAGUGCCGGAGCCAACACGGGAGACGACGCCGCGGCCAGAGUGGGCGAAGCCGCCCGCCACUUCGCCCAAUCCGGACGAGGGCCCGGUGCUGCAGAGUGAGACGACGACGCGGAAACCGAAACCGAAGCCAAAACCAACUUCAGGCCCACUCAGCACAACGUCAGCGCCGGCGCCAGCCCUGACCAGCACCACCCAGAAGACAACCACAAAGAAACCGAAGAAGCCCAAGAAGACAACCACAACCACAACCACAACAACGUCUGCUCCGGAGAAGUUUACGGAGGAGCCCGAAAUAGUUGUCGACCCUGAACAGAAGCCAGGGGAGCCGCAGUUCGAUCCCAGCGAAAUCGAUUGCACCAAUCGCGAUUUUGUGCCGCAUCCAAACUGCCGAAAGUAUUUCCGCUGUGUCCAUGGCAAGCCCGUGGAGUUCGAGUGCAAGGAGGGGACGGCAUUCCACACGGUCCUGAAUGUCUGCGAUUGGAUCGAGAACAGCGAUCGGUAUUAUUGCACCCGAAUCAAGCAGAAAAAGCGGGGCAAUGAAGCCCACUAAGCACUUACUAAAACAUAUUCUAAAUUAUUGCAAACAACUCUAGCAUAAGAUAGGAAUAGGACUAGCUGUAAGAGUAUUUUAAUUUAAUAUCUUCCUAGGGUUAUAAGGUGCGUCUAAGAGAUUACUGCACGAGACAAAACCCAUAAAAAUAUACGAGUAUAUGAGUUUCGAAUCAAAUAAAUAUGGAACUUAAUGAUCCGU